UUAUACAUUUGGUGGAUGGUUGACUCGCGAGUUCGAUUUAUUCUUCUGAAAUCCGCGAACAUGAACAUGUAAGCGAUUAGAUGGUCACUAAAGUGGAAUGCGUUGCAUAUUCCGCGAAAUGGAAUACAAUGUGUUUAGUGUGAUUACGUGCAUGUUUAUGUAGAACAAAAAAAAAACGAUCUUUAAGGCAGAACCAUGGCCGAGCAAGAGAUCUCCGAGAUUGGAGUGGGAGCGAAGACCCGCACCAAGAUCCCAGAAAUUGUUUUUAUGGGAGCAGUAGCGGGUUUCUCAUUACUCCUCGGCUUUGGGGCUACAAUUGCUAUGGCCAAGAAACACUCACCUAAAUAUUUUGCGCAGGGUAUGGUAGGUUCUAAGGAGAUGCCUGAGAGUGGAACUGACCUAGCAUUGCGUGCGCUGGGAAGAGGGACGCUAUACGCUGUCGGAGGGUUCGGUCUCUUCUGCGGAGUUGUCUGGAAGGCACUCAAUGUAAAAGACCUCAAGGAAUUCCGCCAGAAAGUAGGAGAAAUGUUGCCUCGAAUACCGAAAACGGAAACAGGUGGAAGGACGGAAUUUGAAAGUCUGAGAGAUUUUCUUCAGUACUGUAUAGACGAAAGUGAAAAGUCGAAGAGAAACAAAUAGAAGAUCUUGUUCUUGUAUAUUAAUUUUUUUUUUAAAUAGGGAUACAGGAGUGUAUUUAAACAUAGCAGUGCUAAUAACAUGUGCUUGCUGUGAUUUUAGCUAGUUUUGAAUAAAAUGUAGAUACUUUGCGAAAGCAUUUUAAAGCGGUCAUUGUUUUUUCUACACUGUCAUUACGUAAUUAAAUACAUUGAGGGAGUUUUAGCGUAG